GGUAGAGGCAAGCCACCGAUGGUGUAACUGGUCUGGGACUCCGAGGUGAGAUUUAAAAGCUCAUCAUUUCAUAUCUCUUGCAUACCAGGUAGUACAGUUGUUGGACCUCUGGGUUGUCCAAUAGCGCGAACAUUGUGUAAUUGAGGACGUUCCCCGUGAUGGACUGGAAUUGUUGUUCAAGGAAAGGGUGGCGGUGAUCCCUUCAAUUCACGCGCGCUCGCAAUACGGGGAGAAGAGAAAUUCAACUGCAUUGGUCUGCGUUUCAGGUUGUCGGUCAAACCAACGUCAUGCGUCAUGCACGAACGUCGCGUCCUCUAGCAAGAAACGCAUUGCGGAAGAAGAGUUACCGGGCCCGCUUGCGAAGCGAGGUCCGUUCUUCACCCGCAGUGAGGACCAGCCUCCUGUCAGCAGAGUCCCGCUCCAAUCAACCUAUCUCGGGCGUUCUCCGUAAGGGCAGAGAUGUUGCGCAUGCCGGAGGUAUCCUGGUCGACCUCGACAAAGGUUCGCUGACCGUUGGUGAUGAACGCGUUUCAGUGGGUGACGACAAAGGAACAUUGACCGAUGGCAAUGAGAUUAUGUACGUUUCCGACUUCCGUGGUGCACGCGCCCUGGCCGACAAUGCGGACUCAUGCAGGCAUUCCAUCGCACCUGCUGACUCCCAAGGUUGGUGAUCAGUGUUGGCAGGGGCUGUAGGCUUGUUGACAACAUUUUAUCUUCUCUUUCUGUGUUGCGUGCACCCUCCCUCAAAUAUGUUCAAUGUACUGCUCAAUUUGCGGCAAUGUGUGGGCGACC